CAAGUGCUCCAAGGCGACCGACAGCGAGACGCGGGCCGUAUCGAUUGCCGAAGACAAAUGGCUCUCGGUGUGUACGACGACAUGGCCGUCUUUGGCGACUACAACGAGAUGAUCAUUCAAUUCGGGUACAUUACGCUAUUCGUCAUCUCGUUUCCGCUCGCGCCGUUCCUCGCGCUGCUCAACAACUACUUUGAGAUUCGGAUUGACGCGUUCAAGCUCGCAAAAGAGUCGCGCCGUCCCGACCCGAAAGGCGCCGAAGACAUUGGCACGUGGAUGACGAUCCUCGAAAUCCUCGGCGUCAUCUCGGUCAUGACCAACGUGGCGGCCGCCAUCUUCACGUCGCACACUACCUUCAGCGGCCUCUCGGACGAAGCCAAGCUGAUUGCGUUCAUCGCGCUCGAGCACGCUGUGCUCAUGGUCAAGUAUGCGCUGACGAUUCUCGUCGACGACGUGCCCGAGGACGUCCAGUUGCAACUCGACCGCGCCAAGUUCCUCGUGGACAAGAUCGUCUACUUGAUCAAAGACGACGAUGACGACGACCUCGUCAAGGGCAACAAGAUCAAGGUCGACUUGACGGUCUACGACGAAGACGACGAGUGACAACCCUCCGUCAGCAAUUCUCGUCAGCUUGCAUUUGCAUGUCAACUCAGAAUGUCGACUGCUCUUUAAUCCUCCAACGCGGUUGCAUCGUGGAUCUUUAAUCGCC